AUGGAAUGCGAUCUCGGAGUGGUGAAAAAGCUUGGUCAGUGGCUCCCCCGUGUAUUGAGCGACGACAACCGCCAAAGACGCCUAAACCUCUGCACUCCGCUGCUCUUCAGAAGCCACAAAUUCGACUGGUUAGGUGCCAUUGUCACUAAAGAUGAAAAAUGGGUCUUCUACGUCAACCACACCCUCAAACGUGCUUGGUGCGCCGACGAUAAAAUGCCGGAUCUUUUCGUGAAAGGUGAAAUCCAUGAGAAGAAGGUCAUGCUGAGCGUCUGGGGGAGGGGGGUUCAUGGAAUCUAUCGUUUCAAACUGUUGCCGGACAAUACGACAAUUACUGCCGAGGUCUACUGCGCUCAACUGCAAAGACUGGCCGACAAGAUCCGCAAGGAGCAAUCGAAGGUCGACAACGUUCGAAUGCUACACGAUAACGCGCGCCCUCACAUCGCAAAGAAGACUUCCCAGAAAAUUCUGGAGCUCAGAUGGGAAGUUCUACCGCACCCACCGUACAGCCCGGACCUGGCCCCGAGCGACUACCACCUCUUCCGUUCGCUUCAGCAUCACUUCGAAGAGAAGCGCUACACUGAUCGUGACCACCUCGAAAAUAACCUUCGAGCAUUCUUCGCCUCCAAGUCGCCGGAGUUCUACGUAGUAAGUAGUAUAGCUGGUCUGGCCAAAGGAAUCCGUGAUCUUGUGUGA